UUCAACUUUACUGAAUUCAUUUAUUCUAAUAGUUUUUUUGAUGAGUCUUUAGGGUUUUCUAUAUAUAACAUCAUCUCCUCUGCAAAUAGUGAGAGUUUUAUUUCUUCCUUUCUGAUUUGGAUGUCUUCUUUUUCCUUUUUCUUGCGUUAUUGCUCUGAUUAGGACUUGGAAUACUAUAUUGAAUAAGGGCGGUGACAGUGAGUAUCUUUGUCUUGUUCUUGAUCUUGGGAGAAAAACUUUCAAUUUUUCACCAUCAACUCUGAUUGUUGGUUGUGGGUUUUUUUAUAUGUGGCCUUUAUUAUGGUGAGGUAUGUUCUCUCUGUACCUGCUCUGUUGACUUUUUAUUAUAAAUGGAUGUUGAAUUUUGUCAAAUGCUUUUUCUGCAUCUAUUGCAAUGAUCAUGUGAUUUAAAAAGUGUUUAUUUUUGAGAGAGAGCGCGCACGCGGGAGAGAGCGUGAGGCAGGGGAGGGGCAGAGAGAGAGGGAGACACAGGAUCCGAAGCAGGCUCCCGGCUCUGAACUGUCAGCACAGAGCCCGACAUGGGACUUGAACUCAGAAACCACGAGAUCAUGACCUGAGCCAAAGUCGGACGCCCAACCGACUGAGCCGCCAGGUGGCCCGAUCCUGCGAUUUUAUCCUUCGUUUCCUCAGAGUAGCGUAUCACACAGCCUUAUUUGCAGGUGUUGAGCCAUCCUUGCAUCCCUGGAAUAAAUCCCACUUGAUUGUGGUAUACGCACCUUUUAAUGUAUUGUUGAAUUCACUUUGCUCAUGUUUGAUGAGAAUGUUUGGAUCUCUGUGCAUCAAGAAUAUUGGCUUGUAAUUUUCUUUUUUGGUGGGGGUCUUUGUCUGCUUUUGAAAUCAGAUAACUAAAAAUACAGACACCGCCGUGUAGAUCCAGUAGUUGUUAACAUUUUGAUAUAUUUUGUCUUUCUCUUUUUCAUAAUCCAUCUCUGAAAUAUUUCAUCAACAUUUCUCAAACCUGAGAAUGUUCUCUUGUACUACCAACCUAACAAAAGCAAUAGCAGUUCUCAAAUAUUCUCUAAUAUUUAGUCUGUAUUAAAGUUUAGUUUUUACGAAGGGUUUGGGAGCUAGGAUGUGUCUGAACACGUCUGCUGUGGAUGAUUCUAGCUGGUGAAAGACUUUACAGUUGUAUUAACUAACCUUUUGUAAUGGACCUAUAAGAGUGCACUGUGAAUAUGUGGGGGUCACUAGUGAUUUCUAAUUCAGUUUCCUAAGCUUCUGUUAUUUUGUCCUUUUGAAUUUAUUAAGCCAAAUACUGUCACUACCAGGGAGUAGGUAUCUUUUGGGUCUUGCACUGACAUUUCAUUUACUGAUUCAACGAUUAUUAAUAAUAACGUGUAACAUGUUAACUGCUUACCACAUGUUAAAUGUUGCACCUAGAAUUCAUUAAUUUAAACCUCACAAAGUGACUAUAAUAUAGUUAUCAUUAUUAUCCUUUAUAUUUAAAAAAUGAAAUGAACCCGGGAACAGAGAGUUUCAGACACUUCCUCAAGGUCACACAGCAGGUCCAAGUGAGUGGCAGACGUGAGUUUUGAUCUUGGGUCGUCUGGCCUUGAAGCUCACGGGCUAGAAUUCCUCCCACAGCUCUGUGGUGCCCAAAAUGAGCUUGGCUCUGUGCUGGCUUGGGGGACUGAGCGGAGAGAAGGCACAGGCUCGCAGAAUAUGCCCUCCAGCACACAAGUGACCAAUUAAAGAAGCGGUAAUUGUAACGUGUCAGAAUGUGUGCUGGGGUCGGCCGGGGCGUGCAGAGAGCUGGGGGGGAGGGUCAGGUGAGAUGAGAAGGCGGGUUGGGAACUACAUGCGUGAGGCCCAGAGGUAAGUGUGUGCGCAUCUGCCCGGGAACAGAGCACAGGGUCACAGAGGGCGUCCCGGGGACAUGCGUCUGGUGACAUGGGUGCUCAGGCCCCUGUGGUCCCCGUCCGAGAAUUUGGGGCUCUGUGAGAACAUGAGUGCUGUGCAGGGCGCGGGUCUGCAUCUGGGAUGUGGACUUGGGCUCGAGUUGGAGGGGUCUGUGGAUUCAGGAGGGAAUCGAACGCGCAGCCGGCAGGACGCCGGGGAUGUCACUGGGUGUUGGUGAGGAGGGGGCUGGAGCCCCGGGCGACCCCAUCGGGUUUCAUGGUCGGGUCCCCGCCAACGGGGGGUCGUGCUUGGCUCUAGAGUUCUGCUGCACCCUUGUGUCCCGGAAGGAGCCUCGACUUCCCUGGAAUACCGAGCCUGCUCUUGUCCACGCGGGUCAUUGCAUCCCUCCCCGCCCUUCCGGAAGCAUCUACCUGCCCUGCGGGUGCCCUGCCAGUACAUGGUUUUCCAUGUGUUUCUGACUUCUGGGUUUCUCGAGCCUGCACCUGUUUCUUGUCUUUGAGACGUGAGGCUCCCGUGAGCGGCCUGGCGCCUCUCAGACCCCGUUGACCGGGAGGGACUCCGGCGGAGACUGCAGGGUGCAUGGGGGUGCUUCUAGAUUCUUCUAGAUUCUCUUCCCCUUCCGGCUGCAGGUGUGCAGGGCUUGCUCUUUCGGGAGUCACUGCACUGCAGGGGGACUUAACCCCAGGUCCUCCGCCUGGGGCUCCAGCUUGCUCCCCGAAGCCCCUUUCCUGCGUUGUCUCAGGUGUGACAUGUGCUUCCCGGGACCCUCACUUGGGGACUGAUUUAUUCGUUGAAACGUUUGCCCACAGAGUAAAUUUAUCCCAGACGCAGCGAGUGUGAGCGUGUUGAGAAAGUCACUUCAUCUCAGCCGUGUCGUGCAGGCCCACAGAGUGUGAGGUGUGGCGGCCCUCCGUCCGGCUGUGUGUUUAGGCCUCGUGGUUCACUUAUGUGAUUGCUGCCCGUUUUAUUUUCGCAACUUUUGUGCAUUGUCCUCUUAAAUCCUUCCCCGUCUCCGUUACCGUGCGUUUUUGUGUUAUGAAUACCCAAUUUUGUUUUGUCACAUAAACAUUUUACCCUUACCUGUCUGUUUUUUUUUUUAAUCAAUGCGAUUCCACUUCUACAAAAUGACAUUUCAAAAAACACACGAGGCAUUUUUAGUGGCUUCACACUGUUCUGCAGAGAAACGCACACGCAGUGAGCGAUCCGUUGGAAAUCUAUUUUAAAACCCCAAUCAGCAAGCCAUUUUUGUGCAUAAACAAUUAAAUUACACUCUCGUCUGGCAAGUUCCCAGUGACAGCCUUGGAAAAAGUUUGUAAUACGAUGACAGAACUGAUUCGUUAUGGGCGAAGUAUGUGUUCCAACGGGGCCGCGGUUUGUGCACGCGUGUGGGCUGACAUGUUGUCCUGUGUCAGCCAAAGCACAUACGUGUGUCUGCUGUCACCUCCACCCCUUCCCUCUUCGUGUCCGUGUUGCUGGAAGACUUUAGUCGCUCUGGUCUGCGUAGCGAGCUCGCGUUUAUCUACACGUGUUGUAACACGAGGUGUCUUGGGGUUAACGCGGUGUCGUGGAGCAUUGAGAACCUCAAAUCCCAUUCGGUGUGUGCUCGUGUGUCUGCGAGAGUGAGACGGGCAGCUCACUACCAGGACGUGUUUGGCCGGAAGGGGCCAACGGGGGGCGGCUGCCUGGGGUGCGUUUUUAAGAUGAGAGCUCUGGUGACGGCAUUCUUGCUCUUUUUUGGAAAAGAAGGGACGACCCUGGCUUAAAUAGCAGUUUUUGCCCGCGGCCGAAAAGAGUAUCCCAAAGAUCUGUUGAUUUGGCGGCCGAUGAGGAAGAGAACCAGUUGUGGGGAAUCGCUUUGUGACUGUUCCUUUAAAGGUUUGCAAGAAACUCGGCUGCCGGCCUGGGCCUGGGCGUCAGGAAGAGGGCCACCGAGUGGAGCUUUUUCAAGUGGAGCCAGUUUUGUUGAUGUUACGAUUUCCUCAAGAUAGUGGUGUUCGGGGCUUAAAUAGUUACUACUGUCAGAGCGUUUUUUCCCGUUUUCCACAUGGAUGUAUUUUCCGCCCGGGGAUAUCCUGAAGUUCUUUAAAAGUGCGCCCUGUGCAGCUCCCUCGGGGAUUUACGGCGGGGCUGGCUUGUGAAGGGUGGGGGUGGGCACAGAAGGAGCGGAAAACAAAAGAGAAAGAAGGGCUUGUUUUGCCGGGGGCCGGGGCGCCGUGAGUGUCCUUCCUUGCAGGGCCCUGUUGGCUUUGGGGGAAGCUUUUAAGCUGGUUUUGGAGGAAGCGCGCGUGAGGACGCCUUGUUCUCUGGCGUUGGGGCUCUCGAGGGGCGGCGUCCAGGCUCCGGCUGGCGUCGGGGGUGCUGGGGACUCGGACUCUGUGCAUCAAGGCAGUGAAGAGGGACCCUGGCUUUCUCAGCCAGCAAAGAUGGCAGCCCGGCUCCAUGUGCAGAGGACUGAGGCCCCCGAUGGACGGAGAGGGAAGUGCGGCCGCACCCGUGGGACCAGCAGCCUGGCUGCCCCGCGCCCGGAGGCUCCCACAGCCCGGACCCCUGGGGCCGGUGCCUCCCACCCCCCCCCCCUGCGGCGGACGGGGCUGCGCGCACACCUGCUGGCCUCCCGUGCCCUGUAGGGCAGGCCUUCGGUGAGGCUGCCCUAGGCAGGUGCUUCUUCUUGGACGGUGGCAGGGAUGUGAGGAAGGCGCUCGCCAGGGACUCUGGUGACUCUCAGCUCCUGAGAUGUGACGAGUGGAUCCUGCGCUGUGAGGGUCGCCCCCGUGAGCCACCUGGCUGGCUAGCGGGCGGCCGGGGCUCCCAGGGUCCACUCGGCGACACUCGUGGCUGGGGCUGGGGUAGAGGCCCCCGGAGCUGCCCCCCCGGCUUUGGAAGCAUUGACUCUCAACGGCUCCUGGGGGUGCUGAGCACACGGUGGCAGAGAAGGAAGGAACAAACCGUCCGCGGAGCGUGCAUCUCUGAUGACCCGAAGCGGUCUUCUCACUUGGAAAAAAAAAAAUGCACUUUUAUUUCCAGGUGCUCUCUGCCGCCCGCCAUGCUUUCCAGGUAGGAGACGCACGUCGUCCUGGGAGGUGCGUCUCUGCAGCCGGGAAGCCAAGGCCCCGUCGGAAAAUGGAGAGAUAAGACGGCGUCUGGCAGGCCUGUGCGACAGAAAGCCGUGCCCGCCCCUGCUGGGGAGCCCCUGUCGCGGAGAUGGAUCGCAGCCGAGAGGCCGAGGUGGAGCUGAGGAGGGGCUCGAGCCCCGGCAGGGCCAGCAGGAGCCCCGAGGUGGACGGGGACAAGGCCAUGAGCCACAGCUGCUGCAUCUGUGGCAAAAGCUUCCCCUUCCAGAGCUCCCUCUCACAGCACAUGCGCAAGCACACGGGGGAGAAGCCCUACAAGUGUCCCUACUGCGACCACAGGGCCUCGCAGAAGGGCAACCUGAAGAUCCACAUUCGCAGCCACCGCACAGGCACGCUGGUCCAGGGCCACGAGCCGGAGGCUGGCGAGCUGCGGGUGUCUGAGGGCCUGGAUGGGUGCACCAGCCCCACGAAGAGCACCUCCGCCUGCAACAGGAUCCUGAACGGGGCCACCCAGGUGGACAACAGCAAGAUCCUGCUGAGGAGCAGCAAGAGGGAGGCGGAGGGCGCCGCGGGCGCCCCGGGGGAGGGCCAGGCCGCAGCCCAGUGCUCCUUCUGCAAGUGCAAGUUUGAGCACAGGAAGGACCUGGAGAACCACGUGCACCAGGCUCACAAGCCCUUCCGGUGCCGGCUGUGCAGCUACGUGACCCUCCGGGAGGAGUCCCUGCUGAGCCACAUCGAGAAGGACCACAUCACCGCGCAGGUGCCCAGCGGUGCCGAGGCGGACGCGGAGCACGGCAAGCCCGAGCUGACCCCCGGGGAGUUCCCCUGCGAGGUGUGCGGCCAGGCCUUCAGCCAGACCUGGUUCCUGAAGGCUCACAUGAAGAAGCACAGAGGCUCCUUCGACCACGGCUGCCACAUCUGUGGCCGGAGAUUCAAAGAGCCGUGGUUCCUCAAGAACCACAUGAAGGCGCACGGCCCCAAGACGGGGAGCAAGAACAAGCCCAGGGGCGAGCUGGACCCCGUCGCCACCAUCAACAACGUGGUGCAGGAGGAGACGAUCGUGGCUGGCCUGUCCCUCUACGAAGUCUGCACCAAGUGCGGGAACCUGUUUACAAACCUGGACAGCUUGAACGCGCACAACGCCAUCCACCGCCGGGUGGAGGCCGGUCGGACGCGGGCUCCGGCCGGGGAGGGCGCCGUGGUGCAGGGCGGCCCCCCGGACUCCCAGCAGCUCUUCCUUCAGUGCCUGAACCUGCGGCCCACGGUGGCCGGCGCGCCCGCCCGCGGGCAGGCCGGGCGGCGCGUGGCCGAGCUGGACCCGGUCAACAGCUACCAGGCCUGGCAGCUGGCCACCCGGGGCAAGGUGGCCGAGCCGGCCGAGUACCUCAAGUACGGCGCGUGGGACGAGGCGCUGGCCGGGGACGUGGCCUUCGACAAGGAGCGGCGCGAGUACAUCCUGGUGAGCCAGGAGAAGCGCAAGCGCGAGCCGGAGGCGGGCGCGCAGGGGCCCCCGCGCAAGCGGGCGGGCGCGCCCGGGGACCCCGCGCCCGGGCCCCUGGACGCCCGGCCGGCCGCGCGCCCCAGCCGCCGCGCCGCCGUCCCCGCCGGCCACGGCAAGUCCUCCGAGUGCUUCGAGUGCGGCAAGAUCUUCCGCACGUACCACCAGAUGGUGCUGCACUCCCGGGUGCACCGCCGCGCGCGCAGGGACCGCGACGGCCCCGGGGAGCGCGCGCCCCGUGCGCGCUGCGGCUCGCUCAGCGAGGGCGACUCGGCCUCGCAGCCCAGCAGCCCGGGCUCGGCCUGUGGUGCCGCCGCCGACUCCCCGGGCUCGGGCCUGGCCGACGAGGCUGCGGACGAGAGCGGAGAGGACAGUGCGGUCGACCCUGCUCCAGGGGGAAAGCCUCACCGCUGCUGCUUUUCUGAAGAGGUAGCUUCGACUGUGCUCUCCAACGGAGACCGGACUCACGCACCUGGAAGUAAGGCAUCAGAGACACAUACCGGUGAGCCCGGAGCGGGGAGCACAGCUUCUGUGUCCGCACUUGGAAACAGGAGCAGAGAUGCCUGCAAGAGAGCAGAGCAGCCGAGGUUUUCUGUGGACUUAAAGAUGCCAGCGUUUCACCCAAAGCGGGAGGUCCCCAUCCCCAGGGACACUGCAGACUUCCCUUCGCUUUCGGACCAGACUUUUCCAGAAGGAGAUCCGCAGCUCUCGUCCGAGGGCCCGGCUCACCACCCGAAAGACAAGCUGUCUGACUUGCACACUAAGGAACAUGCUGGGGGCGGACGGAGGGGGCCGGCCGCAGACCUGACCCCGCUGGACCUCAGUGACAGGUCGACCCGGGAUGACCCCGGCCGUAAGGAGCUGGCCUCCUCCCUGCAGGCCGCGCUGGCCGUCCACCCGUGCCCUUACUGCAGCCACAAGACGUACUACCCCGAGGUCCUGUGGAUGCACAAACGUAUCUGGCACAAGGUCAGCUGCAGCUCCGUGACCCCCCAGUGGAUUCCUCCCAACGGUUACAAGAGCAUCAGGAACAACUUGGUUUUCCUUGCCCGGAGCGGACGCACGGGGCCCCCGCCUGCCCUCGGGGGCAAAGAGUGCCAGCCCCUGCCCAUCGCUCGGUUCACGCGCACUCAGGUACCGGGAGGGGCGCCGGGGCCCAGAGGCGGUUCCUCGCCCCUGGGCGUGACCACGAAAGCCGCUCACCUGCCUAAGAGCAAGGACGGCCACUCCGGGGGCCCCUGUGCGCUUUGGGUGGCCGGCCCCGAAGGGCACCGACAGGCCAGGCCUGGCCACCACGGCCCUGAGCAGCACGGCGCCCCCACGCAGCUGCCCCUGCCCAAGCCCAGGCAGGAGGCCGGCCCCCGGCCGGGGCCCGCGGCGGGCGGCGGUGGCUUCAGCCGAAGCGCCACCCCGACGCCCUCAGUCAUCGCCCGGGCAGGCGCCCAGACCCCCACUGGCAGCAGGCCGGGGGACAAGUGCGGCAUCCCCCCCGCGGGGGCCGGCCUCGGUCCCCCAAAUAAGCACAGUGCCCCGGACCCCCCGAAAGCCAAAUUCGGCCCUCAGCCUCAGGGCCAGCUGCACGUGAAAGGCGACGGGACCCCCGCUCUACCUCCCCGCGAGCCCCCCUCCAAGGCGGGCCAGGAGCUGCGGCCGCUGGCCAGCUGUGGAGCGGGCCCCGGGGGGACCGCGGCCUCGCCGGGCCAGCCCCCGCUGCACACCAGCAAGCAGGAGCCCGCGUCCGACGGCCACGAGAAGCGCCUGGACAUCCUCAAUAUCUUUAAGACGUACAUUCCAAAGGACUUUGCUUCCCUCUACCAGAGCUGGGGUGCCAACGGCCCUGCACUAGAGCACAGAGCAGUGUUUGCGCCUAACGGCCCCCGAAGUGCUGAAGCCCACGCCCCCUCCGCAGACGCCCCCAAACAAGGGAGAGACCGUUCUAACCCAGAUACCGUCCAGACAGUGCCUCUCGGAAAGGGAACCUAAGGACGCAUUUCCAGUGGACCCCGGUGCCCCGUGACCGCCGUGAGCAGUCCCCUGGUGGAUGACCGACAGUGACCCCGACCGCCCCGCGGAGGACAGCCACAGGACUCCCGACCCGACGCCGCACAGCCCGCAGCGGCCGCGCGGCCCUGGAGGCUGACGGGAGGCGCCUGUCCUUGAGCGACCUUGAAGGAUAAACGAGGAUGGGCCUCCCCGCAGGGACGCGUGCCUGCUCCCUGCGCACACACGAGUGCUGUCCGCCCCAGGCCCGUAUUUUCCUAGACCAGACGGUGGUGGCGGUGGGCACGCUGGGGCACGGGCGUCCGCGUCGGAGACACUGGAGGGGGACUCGUGUGCGCGUGGCAGAGACCGAAGAGGCUGAGCGCCGCAUCGAGGCGUCCGGCGCUCGGCGGGGGGCUGGCGGGGGACGCGCGGACGCGCGGACGCGCGGUGGCCGAGCGGAGGCUGGCGGAGCGGUGGCGCCGCGGCCCGGCCUUGUCGCGGCGGGUGUUUCAAGUAGUCUGCGGAGGACAGGAAGGAGGCGGGGCCGUGACGAGGGCCUGACUGUCCGGUGGCCUUGGGGGGCCCGUGCGCGUUACCCCCUUGGCUCUUUGCGUCCCUCCCAUCCCCUGUGCUCGGUCAGCCCGCGGAGGAAACACAUCUGUGGGAGGACGUACGUUCUGCUUCGGCAAAGAGCUAGUUAAACACUAAGAAAAGCAGGCUUCUUUGUUUAUUCUCAGGACCUUUUUGUAACAGGGCUACACUCUGUAAACUGCUCACGAAGGAACUGCCUGUCUUCACGAAUUCUCCAGCCACUGAACCCCCCCUCCCCCUGGUCUACACCCGUUUUAGUGAUGGCAGGAGAAUCCCUGAGCAGCUUUGGGGGCCCUGGUGCUCUGGAACCUUCUUUUCCCCCUCCCUCCCCUUCCCAUCUGUCCCUACACCAGCCCAGCAAGUCGGUGUCUUUUCUUCUUGGGCCCGGGGCCCUCCUCAGGAUGAGUUCCUUCAUUCCCAGAACGUGGAGGUCCCCAGGCCCGUGGGUGGGGGCGGCUUUAUAUACCUCUUCCUCAGUCCCGCAAAUGCAAGUUUUUGUGGUGGGGGUUAAGGCCCGUAACAAAGGAUCUUAAACCGUGCAGUGUAUGCAGUUAAAAUUGUAUUCCACAGAUAUAAAUAUUUUCUUUUCCUGUUACCGUGACACUGUGUGUGAUGGUAAUAUUUCUGAGAGUUUCAGAUUUUUGCACAUAUGAUUUUAUGCAUUAUCAAAAGUUACUGCUGCCUUGAAUGAAAAUGUUCUGUGAAAUUUUUUGCAAAAGCUUUACUAGGUUUUUUUUAAUUGUGAAAUUUUGUAAAGGCAGGAAAUGGAUUAAAAACAAGCAUGCUAAAUAUAUUUUUCAAAAAAGCAAUAAUUUUACAUGUACAGAAAUUAUCCUAACCUUUAAUACCGGUGAGAGCGACAGUUUACUUAAUACAGUAAUGGAUUCGUGCAGUUUUUUGUAGGAAACGGGCUUCUGAUACAAAGAUUUGUUGAAACGCGCGCGCGCGCACAUACACAAACCCUGACGUGUGGUUUUCCUGUUCUGAUGAUUUGUUGAAUUAUUAUUAUAUUAUUAUUAUUGUUGAUGUUGUUAUUAGUUAAUGUUUGGUUCUGGAUUCUACUUGUUACUGAGUUUAAAUUACUUGACGGUUCAGGUUACUUUGUGACACUUGCAGAUCAUGGAACGUAACUGGCUAGCUCACAUACACACGUGUGUGCACACGCACGCGUGUAUACACGUGUAUGUGUAUACAGGUGCACGUGUGUGUGUGUGUGUGUGUGUGUCUGUGUGUGUGUAUGUAACUUUCUUACUUAUUUGUUCCCGAUGAUUCUUGCACCAGAAUGAUCUGUUGUGUUGGUGUAAUUGGGAAUGUCCAUGCAGAUACCGUUACGCAGCUGGAAUAGACCGUUCCGUAAAGUCGUUUUGAGCAAAGUUGCAGCGACACAUUCCUCUGUUCACCUUAGAAGGCAAAAUGCCUUUUUGUUGACUUACGUUUGAUCACUUUGAUAGCCUGGGUCCCCAAAGCGAUCAAUUCUGCAUUUCGUUUUCUUGGCUGAACGUGAGCAGUGACGGUUCAGGAAUGCACAGGGGCUAGUGACUCAGUCCUGUCUGUCUCUCUGUGUCCUAGUUAUUAAAAGCAGCUCUGUUCCCAAAGUGACACGGAAGGAAGUGUCGUGUCCGUUCUUACUGUCCCAGAAGCGGCAUGCCGGGGCCCAGCUGGCAUUCGGAGCUGGAGGGACCCUCCCGGGAGCCGGCUUCCCAGGGGCGCCCGGUGGAGAGAGGGGCGCGUGCCUGGGGCCCCGUUGAAGAGCGUGCAGCCAAGUCAGCUGACGGAACUGUGCGCUGCGUAGAGUGCAGACAUAGGUUUCACGUGACUACACGGACGUCUAGGACCCUCCGAGGAAGCCGCCCUCCCAGGCAGGCGCACCGUUCUCGGGCCUGACUGUGGUUUCUUUCUUCCACUGGUCAUCAGUGUUGUGUUGGUUUGUUAAUGCGUUUAUGUCAGUGUGGCCAUAGUAUUUAAUAUGAUUUGUGUUUUCUUAUUUAUUUAGCCAAUAUGUUUUGAUUCGCUGUUUUUCGAAUGAUAAUUUCCGCAUGAUCUCUCCUGUAGGUCACCUUCUGACUGUUACAGACUUCUACUACCUCUGCCGAUCUGCUGUUUCCUUGUUUCUCAACAGGAUUUUCACAGUGUUGGCGUCUAAUGUAACUUAGACAAUAAAGGGUUUGGUUGUCUACACUGCAGCUUCUCGGUGUAUCUCCCCGCCCCCGCCUGCGCUCUUGCUGCUCCCGGUGCGGCUCUGUCCGUCUGGCUCUCCUCCUCGCCCUCUCCUGCUCCCCGCUCACGUCUCUUACCCGUUGUUGAACUCAAAUAACACACAAAUAAUAAUGAGCUUAUAGGAAUCUUUCAGAUUAUUCACUCAUAUUCCUUAAUUUGAAGAACGAACAUGUAAAUUCUCUGAAAAGUCGGCGGGCAAGCCUCUUCUCUGGAAGACGGUCCCCUCUUGUGCCAUUUCCCUGCCCGGUUUCCGAAGGUCUCUUGGCAUCUCAGACGGAUACGUUGCACCUUGGUCUAAACACAGUGCAAAUGUUCAAGGCAAGUGGGUUUUGCCUUUUCAGUUUUGAAAAGUAUUAAGUGCUUUGAGAGGUCCCUCUGAUAUUGACUCAUUUAGUUUUUAAACCAAGAAAGACACUGGUUUCCUGCAAAGAAGGUACUCUAGGAAGUCACUCUGGCUGAUGAUUAAACGUGGCCGCUGGGUCAGGUAAAGCGAUGUCAGUUUUGACCAGUGUGUCAAGAGCCAUCUUCAGAGUUGGCCACUCUGUCACGGGUUAUGUAACGUUCUAGAAACAUCUAUGUAAAGGGGCACACACACACACACACACACACACACAGAUAUAGUGACUUAGCACUCCGUUAGGAUGGCUGUAGUGUGGAAUGCGGAAGUAACAGGUGUCUCUCUGGUGUUUCCCAGGGAGCUGGCUCAGGGAACUGUUUGUUCUUCCCACAGAGAGAGAGAGAGAGAGAGAGAAAGAGAGAGAGAAAGAGGGAGUAGCUCACAGGGUAAAUAUUGCACUUUCUGUGGAAAGUGACAGCGCUUGUCCAUCUGUGCCCGAGGAUACUACACCCCCUGGAUUCUCAUGGCCAAGUUCUCCUCACCAGUACUCCUGCUUCAACGCAAAACAAGCCAUCACCCGCCAAGCCCUGAGAGGCUUCCGUAAUGUACAGAAAGGAGGGACUGUAUCUGCCUAACUUUUCCUUCCCACUUUCCAGACGAAGGAGCGUGUGCUGUUUUAUUGCUUUUCACUUUGGUGAGUUCUCAUUGCGGAACGUUCUGUUCACUGAGAAAAAAAAAAAUCACAGGCCAGGACGUGGAGAGGUGGUUUAAGUGCCCUCCAGAGCCCCCCGUGGGCCUGCGUGACGGGACUGAGGGAGGCUGUUCAUUCUUCAUCAACUUUGCUAAUUAUGCUUUGAGGCAGUAAAAUGCAAAAGACCAUAGAAUUUGUAUUUCUUUUUUUAAAUACAAUUUAUAACAUUAUAUUUUGUACUCUUUAUAUUAGAAUUUGUAACUAGAUUGAUGUAUUUAACUCUAUUUCUGAAAAAAAUAAUUCAAUGUUUCAGUUAUGUGAUAAAACUAUUUAGAUAAAACAUAUUCAUUCUAUUGGAAUUUGAAAUCAAUAAAAAGAUCUUGGAGUUCUUGA